AUGUCAGCAGAUCACACUAGAGAUCCAUGUCCGAUUGUUGUAUUGAGUGAUUUUGGUGGUGCGUUUGCCAUGGGUGUCAUUGGUGGAUGUGUGUGGCACGGGAUUAAAGGAUUCAGAAACUCCCCAUAUGGAGAAAGAGUGACUGGAGCUUUAUCAGUUGUUAAGACCAGAGCUCCAGUUGUUGGAGGUAAUUUCGGUGUUUGGGGUGGAUUAUUCUCUGCUUUUGACUGUAGUGUCAAGGCAGUUAGAAAGAGAGAAGAUGCUUGGAAUGCUGUUAUCGCAGGAUUUUUCACUGGGGGAGCUUUGGCUAUUAGAGGUGGUUGGAGACAUACUAGAAACUCUGCCAUUACAUGUGCAUGUCUCUUGGGAUGUUUUGAAGGUGUUGGUGUUUUAAUGCAAAAGGUGAUGGCACAACCUCAGCAGAACAUUUAUGGUGAUGCUCCAAUGAGUGCUUAA